AUGACUACUCCAGUUUGUAAGAACAUCCCAUUGGAAAAUUUGUUUAGCAGCAAGACUCCCGCUUGUAGCUAUAAAACCAGUGCUUCGUUGUUACGCGCAAACUGUAGGAAGUAUAUUCAAUUGGAUAAGAAGAUUAAGUUAGGCGAUG